AUGGCACCCUUAAUCCCUUCAGCGAAAGUUACCUUAUCCUAUCCGCUGUAUGCUUGCGACUUUGAUCCUCUGGACAGCUCCCGCCUGGUGGUAGGUGGUGGAGGAGGAGCCGGGAGGAGCGGGGUCGGAAACAAAAUCACAAUUUUAGACACGUCGAACCCAGGUCGACUGGAGGAAGUUGGCGAGAUUGACCUCAGCAAAGAAGAGGACAACGUUACGAGUUUAGCGGUCGGCGGGCAAGGGCACAAGACGAUAGUCUUUGCAGGCGCAAAUUCAAGCCCGAAGGAUGUUAAAGCGGGAAACAAUGCGCACUUUCGGGUAUUCGAGAUAGAAACGGCGGGCCAGCCCAGCGAGAAAGCGAAGGCAGCAGAAUCGGGGAAUUUAUCACACAACAAGAUCACGGAGACGUCGAGAUCGAUCUUGUUCAAGGGUGCCGACCCAGACACAUAUCAAAGGCUAUUACGAUUGUCAAAACCAUUUCCAAACCAGGUCCAGCUCGGUGCGGUCGCGACAGGGUUGACGAAAGACCCCGAAAUUGUGCUCUUCGACACAUCUAGCACCACUCCACCGAAAUCUAGAGGUGCUGUACGAGGAGGUAGAGAGGCUGUAGAUUUGGAUUUCUUGCAAACGGGAGAUAGCGAAUAUCAAUUUGCAUACUGUGAUAUAUUUGAUGUCUUCCUGAAGAAAAUUACAUCUACUGUCAGUGACGAGGAGCCGCAAACAAUCUACAAAACGCCAGCCUCGAGGUCAACAGAGCGAGUUACGGUGCCGCAAUUCCGAGCCCUAAGGUGGUUAACUAAAGACUCCUUGCUCAUGCUCACAAAUAUCCACAGCAACGGCGGAGCAGUUCUUCAGCUCUUGCGGCUACCUCCCAGUGGAAAGGGGGAGUGCCGUGUUGCACGAUCACAUCGGUUGCCGCCGAGAAUCACCAAAGCUUCUGCCCUAGCCGUUUGCAAUUUAACUCCCCCGUUAUCACCAUCUGCUCCACAGGAUUACACGCAAUUUGUUAUUGCGGUUGCCGCGCAGGAUAUGUCCGUCUCGCUCUUCAAACUCGAUUUACAAGCUGAAGUUGGCGUCACCUUGUUUUCCAAGAUAAAGCCGUUCCGAACCUUCAAAGAUGUGCACCCGUAUCAAAUCACAGGCCUCACUUUUUCGAAUUUCGAGCCGCCUGCUCACCCAGUCACAGCACGCACACCUCCGCAGAACCUGAAGUUAGCGAGCGUUGGUGUGAGCAACACGGUUGUAGUUCACACUAUUCCCCUUUUCCCUGUACCUCUUUCCGUCAAGCGAGGUCAAUCUAAGACGCCACGCUACGUCGUUGCACUUCCUUCAAGUGCUGUGGUCGUUGGGCUGAGCGUUGCCUUGAUCACUCUCGGCGUCUUGCUGGCAUCAAUAUUCAUUCAGACGAUACUGGAAAUCCGCGGGGCGGUACCAAAUUACAUCAAUGCACGGCACCACAUACCUCUGGUGAUCCAAGAGGCUAUUGGAAAACCUUAUAGUUUCCCCGAAGGCUAUGAUGGCUCUUCUCGGGCGUCGAAUCAACCUGUACUGUCUGGACGCCGUGGACAUCUCGGGCAACCCACCGAAGAAACGGAUCCACCACUUCCAGGUGCUGACAUCGUUUCUGACCCCGUUCGUCUAGCGGAACUCCUGCAAAACAUUCAGAAGAAUGAUGGGGACGAUACCGCCCAAAAGUAUUUUAUCACUGAGCAUGGAGAAAGCCCUGAUGGCAUCAAUGCUCAUCUACACGAUGAGGCCGUCCACUCUGGUCAUUCAUGGGAGGAUUUGACGCAAGAACAGAGAGUCAAAUGGCAGCAGAAGCUAAAAGAUGCAGGCUACUGGGCCGAGGACAUGGGAGAGACCAUCCUCAAAGGAAUCGUUUUUGGUACGCUUGGUGGCAUGGUUGGACAGGCUGUCGGCGGCGGAUGA